AUGACGACGACGACGAGAACAACAACAACAUCAAUGUUGUUCUCGCUGACACGCUCAACGGUCUCUUCCGUGAUGACACUCCUCGCAGCGGGUUUGACCGUGACGUUCUCCCAAGCGAUGUUUUUGCACUACAGUUACGAACCCAUCGAAGAAGAGCCGACGAGAGGGACGUCGUUUAAAGGACUGGCGAGAUGUGGAUUCGUCGAAGAAGACGAAGAAGUGAAAGAAGAAGAGGAACAGAAUGAGAGUACUUUUGUUUCUGCGACAAAGAUGAUGCUUUCGAGGACAAAAAGGACGACGACGACGACAAAAGAAAGAAGAGGUAAAAGUAAGGAGAGGAAACGCGUGGUGAUUGUGGGCGAUUCGCUCGCCACCGGCGUGGGUUGCACGACGAAUACGCCGGCGCUGGCGAGAAUCGUCGCGGAGCGAUUGGCGGAGCUUUUAUCGGUGGAGAUCGAAUGGAUUGCGGUUGGAAAGAAAGGCGCAGCGUUGAGCGAUAUUUCGUCGUGCGUGCUUCCCGAGCUCAGAGAGAGUAACAACAGUAGAAGAAGCGUUAGUAACAGUAACGAUAGCGGCGGUAGCAGCAGAAGUAGGAGUAGUAAUAGCAGUGGUCAUGAUUCAGUCGAAAACGAGGUGGAGGAGAAGGAGGAGGAUGAAAACGCACAGAACGAGUUUUUUCUCCAACAACAACAAUUUCAACAACAACAACAACAACAACAACAAGCGUCGUCGUCGUGUGCGAGGAAAGCGGACGCGGUGAUAAUUCUGUGCGGGAUUAAUGACGUGAAAACGUGCUUUCUUCACGGAAAAAUCUUUUUUCGGGAGAAUUUCGAGAACGAGUUGGAAAAUGUGAUCAAAGAAAUCAAGAACGUCGUCGGGAGCGACGCGCUCGUCGUGUUGCCGGGGAAUCCCUUGCACAUCGCGCCUUUAUUUCCGAAUCCACUUCGCGAAGUUAUUUUGAAACUGAACGACUGUUGGGACGACAAAAAAGAAAAAGUCGCGAAUAAGCUAGGGAAACGUAAAGCUUUGUUUAUCAAUUCUCCCACGCUACAAGCGCUGAGAGAUGCCGUCCGAAUGCAUGGGGGGGAUAGCGGUGAUGGUAUUCGAGAAGGCGAGUUUACCGCGAGAGACGGCGUGCAUCCAAACGAUAUGGGCUACAAGGCGUGGGCAAACAUCAUCGCCGCGGAAGUAGCCAAGGUAUUAAAGGAUAACGAAGUACAAUGA